AUGGGACGCUUUGGACAGAUUAGUCGGUCACAGGCGGGAUUGGCGCCAGUGCUUGCGGCGAUCAUUCUGAUAGCGACCUGGUUAAUACUGACUCGUAUCGCCUGGAUACACUUUGGAGAUUCAGAAGAUGACUUGGAGGGAAAACAAAGAGAGAGUGAGGAUAAAAGACAGGAUUCGAUAUCAGAUUGGAAGAGGAAACAGAAGGGUACUAUUACACAGUCUGAAGCGUGGGAUAUGUACAAAGUAGGAUGUUAUACAUACAUGGCGAGCGGUGAGAUUGACCUGCUAACGAAUCAUAAAGCAUUGCGUGCUUUGGAAUGCAAACAAAGGUUACCCCAGGCACUAGUCAUUGGGGUCAGAGGUUGUGAUUCGUUUAUUCUUACUAAAAUACUGGGACUUCAUCCAUCCGUAAUUUCGCAUUCGGAGUCACACCUCGAGCCGAGCAUCGACUUGGAUAGUCAGAUUUCUAAGUGGAGGCGUAAGCAGCCAUUCUCAUCACGAUUUCAAAUGACAGUCGAGCAUUCUCCCGCGUACGCCGAUGAUCACGAUCUAUUAGAGGGCGCAAUUCAACAAGCAGCUUCUGGGAUCAAGGUGGUGAUCGUGAUUCGAGACCCAGUCGCUAGAAUAAUAUCAGAAAUUGCUAGUACACAUAGAGGUGUUUUAAACCUCACUCUGCAUUCCAUGCAGCCCACUGUCUUCCAGAAUCCAAAUGAAACAGUAUCCAAUGAAGAAAUGAUUCCCUAUAAUCACCAGGACAAUUCAGUGACUGUUGAAAACACCUUGAUAGAUCGCUAUAACCGAGUAAAUGCUGACUCCUCGUUAAUCCAAGCAGGAGUCUACUAUCAUACCAUCAAGAAACUGCAAACACUUUUUGAUGGUAACGGAAGUUAUCUAGUCAUUGAUAGAGACGACUUCGUACAUCAACCUCUUCAGACUUUAGCAAGGUUAGAAACGUUUCUCGGCAUUAAACAAUUCUUCCGCAAUGAACAUUUUGAAUUCCAUGACCAAGAUGGGCGUUAUUGUGUGAACGUUGAGAGGAGACCCGAUACACACUGUGUUUACGAAAUGUCACAGCGCCAUCUCCCGAUUGUAGAUGAAAAUAUAAUUGAAAAACUGAAGCAGUAUUAUGACGAGUAUGACCUGAAACUGGCAGGUCUGCUCCAACGUAAUUUUUCUUGGAUGCAAUAA